AUGCCUGCCGUACAAAAGGACGAAAUUGGCGAGUCGUCGACAUCAGCAGCCAAGAAGGCUCUCAACGCCUCGGCCAAUGGAGCCGCCACCUAUGAACUUCCAUGGGUAGAAAAGUACAGACCCAUCUUCCUCGAUGAUGUCGUAGGCAACACGGAGACGAUCGAGCGACUCAAGAUUAUCGCCAAGGACGGCAACAUGCCCCACGUCAUCAUAUCAGGAAUGCCUGGAAUCGGAAAGACGACGAGCGUGCUAUGUCUGGCUCGGCAACUCCUGGGCGAUUCCUACAAGGAGGCUGUCUUGGAGCUCAAUGCAUCCGACGAGCGUGGUAUCGACGUUGUGCGCAACAGAAUCAAGGGCUUUGCACAGAAAAAAGUUACCCUGCCGGCAGGCAGACACAAGCUCGUGAUCCUCGACGAGGCCGACAGCAUGACGAGUGGUGCGCAGCAAGCCCUGCGGCGAACCAUGGAGAUCUACUCAAACACAACGCGCUUCGCCUUUGCCUGCAACCAGAGCAACAAGAUCAUUGAGCCGCUACAGUCGAGAUGCGCCAUCCUGCGAUACGCGCGACUGACAGAUGGACAAGUCGUCAAGCGACUCAUGCAAAUCAUCGAGGCAGAAAAGGUGCAGUACAGCGACGACGGGCUGGCGGCUCUCGUCUUUAGCGCCGAAGGUGAUAUGCGACAAGCAAUCAACAACCUCCAGUCCACGUUUGCAGGUUUCGGCUUCGUCAGUGGAGACAAUGUUUUCAAGGUCGUCGACUCGCCGCACCCUAUCAAGGUGCAGGCCAUGCUUAAGGCUUGCUACGAGGGCAAGAUUGACAGCGCCAUGGAUAGCCUCCGUGAGCUGUGGGAUCUUGGCUACAGCUGCCACGAUAUCAUCAGCACCAUGUUCCGGGUCACCAAGACGAUACCGACACUGAGCGAGCAUAGUAAGCUCGAGUUCAUCAAAGAGAUUGGCUUCACACACAUGAAGAUCCUCGAAGGCGUGCAAACCUUGCUCCAGCUCAGCGGUUGUGUGGCUCGUCUAUGUAAAAUCAAUAUGGACCCAAAACGGUUUGAAACAAAACUAAAGUAG